AGCCACAAAAAGCCGGGAGAAACUAGUCACAGAAACCCUGAAGAUCAGCUGAUUGUUCGCCCCAGCACUUUUUCCAGACUGGUGCAGGUUGACGGGGCUGACCUCGACUCUGAAGCUGUGCAGCCAGAGUCACAGCGUCUUCACCAUGCUGGAGAGCGCAGACCUGCACUUCAACGUGGACCAUGGCUACCUGGAGGGCCUGGUGCGAGGGUGCAAGGCCAGCCUCCUGACCCCGCAGGACUACGUCAACCUGGUCCAGUGCGAGACCCUGGAAGAUCUGAAAAUCCAUCUCCAGACCACUGAUUAUGGCAACUUUUUGGCUAAUGAGACAAAUCCUCUUACGGUUUCCAAAAUUGACACAGAGAUGAGGAAAAAGCUCUGCAGAGAAUUUGACUAUUUCCGGAAUCACUCCCUGGAGCCCCUCAGCACCUUUCUUUCCUACAUGACGUGCAGUUAUAUGAUAGACAAUGUGAUUCUGCUGAUGAAUGGUGCAUUACAAAAAAAAUCCGUGAAAGAAAUUCUGGAUAAGUGCCAUCCACUGGGCAGUUUUACAGAAAUGGAAGCAGUCAACAUUGCAGAGACCACUUCGGACCUCUUCAAUGCAGUUCUGGUUGAAACCCCACUAGCACCAUUCUUUCAAGACUGCAUGUCUGAAAAUACUCUUGAUGAAUUGAAUGUUGAAUUACUGCGCAAUAAACUAUAUAAGUCUUACCUUGAGUCAUUUUAUAAAUUCUGUAAGAAUCAUGGGGACAUCACAGCAGAAGUUAUGUGUCCCAUUCUUGAGUUUGAGGCUGACCGGAGAUCCUUCAUUAUCACCCUUAACUCCUUUGGGACUGAAUUAAGCAAAGACGACCGGAAGACCCUCUACCCGACCUGCGGCAGGCUCCAUCCUGAGGGCUUGCGCAUGUUAGCCCAAGCUGAAGACUUUGAUCAGAUGAAGACAGUAGCAGACCAUUAUGGACAGACCAAAGAUCUUGCAACAAAAAAUUCAGGCUUUCUGGUAUAUAAGCCUGUAUUUGAGGCUGUAGGUGGCAGUGAGGGAAAGACACUGGAAGAUGUGUUUUACGAGCAUGAGGUAAAAAUGAAUGUUCUGGCAUUCAACAGGCAAUUCCACUAUGGCGUGUUUUAUGCUUAUAUAAAGCUGAAGGAACAAGAAAUGAGAAAUAUUGUGUGGAUAGCGGAAUGCAUCUCCCAGAGACAUCGAACAAAAAUCAACAGUUACAUUCCGAUUUUGUAAGCUGAUGUGGGGAUCCCAAAGGCUGAAAAAUCAUAAAUUUUGAAAGGAAGUUAUUAAAGAAAACAAAAGAAAUUGUGCUACAUUAUCUAGAUUAGCUAAAAGUAAGGCAGGUUGGACUUUUGUGAGUUGCUGAUCUCCCAGAAACCCAGCAAACCAACCUUGAAGUUAAUCAUUUUUUUCAUUUUCUUUUCAGUAGCCUUAAUACUUGCUUCCACAUUAUGUCCCAUUACUCAUCAGGCCGUGCACAUUAAUUUUAAUUAACCAAACAGUACUUUUUAUUUUCUCAUUUGAUCAUAUUACAAACCAGAUCUAAUAAAAGUGUUCUAUUUUUGCCUU